UAGCAACACUAGCUCAAAACAAACAACGUUUGUAUUCAGUGUUCAUCCCUGCAUUGUUUACUCACCUCGACAACCUUCCGCAACAAAACAAGCGCGGUUUCUAUAACAAUGUGCCAAAUUUGAAGCGUCUCUGUGUCAUUACUGUGAUAACAUCUCGCCUUACCGAGUUACGGAGUGCGUAUUGAUUGUGUCCCAAGUGUUAAGUCGAUAUCUUAACUCCGACGCUUCCGACUCAAACGACGACCAAACGUAGUACAAUAGUAAGUAUCUGCAGUAAGUCAUCCGUAUACUAUCAGUGUGCAUAUCAAACCAUCGGCCUAAUUGAAGUGUAACAUCGAAUCGAUCAAAUAAUAAUUUCCAGCCUCUAAAUCAAUAAAUACACAACCAUGACAUUCACAAUCAUUGGGGGAGGAAAGGAUGCUUCCGUUUUUCAGAAUUAUCGAAGACAAAAGCACUACGAAUGAUAUGAAUAUGCAUCCUUCAAAACCAAGAAGGAGUCGGAAGGAAGCCGUGACAGUUCCGGUGCAUCAUACAAAAACUGAGCGUUCCGAACGAUCAGCACGCACGGAGAAGUGUGAAAAACAUGAGAAUGAAAAAUCUGAAUCAAAUCGGAAGACUUUCUCAGCUAAUUUCAAUGGCGUCCAGAUGGAAAAUGAUCAGGACUUUGAGAAACGAAUCAGUCGACGUUACCUAAUCAAAGAACUAGAGAAGUACAAAAGUGGUUACAAUAACUUACAAGAAAACUACGACCAUCUGAACAGGAAAAAUAGCAAAUUGAAAGAAAAACUUACUCAGUUAGUACAAUACAAUCAAAGUACAACUGAUGAGAACCAAACACUAAAAAUACAAUAUGAAGAACUUUAUAAUCAAUUUAUAUCUAUGAAAACUCUAUUGGAAGAACCAAAAGUUUGUCAGACUUGCAUUGAAAUGGACCAGAAUAUUGAAACCAUCAAAAAAGAAUAUUCGUAUCUACGUAAAACUAGUCAGGAAUGCCAAGAGGACUGUAACAUGUUGAAGAAUGUUGUUUAUCGUCUAAACGUGCAGUUGGAACGCUACCAGGACAAACUACGCGCGCAUAAUUUGCCCAUUAAAGAGCAGCAUAAAAUUCAGAAAGAGUACGACGAGCCGUCGACUGCGUCGUCGAAUGCGGUCAACGCGGGCGAGGCUCACGCGGGUCACAAUCAUGAUCCUAUUCAGUGGGGCAGGGUUAAUACUCACACUUUGGCACCACUUUUGAACGCUUACCAGGAAAUUAUAAGUGAAAAAGAGGAAAUUAUUGAGAAUUACGAAGCUGAAAUGGGUUUGUUUACUGGUAAAUUAAAGGAAAUACUGAAAGAGAAUGAAACAUUGCAUUUUAAGUUGAAUAAAGAUACAGAAUGCAGUAAAGUAUUGAUUACUGAGUUAGAUUCUCUUAAAGUGGAGCUGAAGAGUGCAAGAGAACAAAAUGAUUUGUUGAUUAAAAAAUGUGCAUUGAAACAGGAUAAGAUUGAAGAGAUUUUAAAGUGUUACGAACAAAAGAUUGAUAUGAUGAAAAGAGACUACUCUGUGUUGCAUGAAACCUAUUUAAAAGCAAGAGCCGAAAUUACUACGCUGAAAGAGAAGAAUAAAUCGUUGAUUGAGGCUCAUGAUGAUUUUAAAAAUGAACGUUCACAGUUUAUUCCAGUGUCAGUGCAUACGUCAAGUGUUAAUGAGUGUAAAAAGUGGUAUGAAGAGUUAAAGCAGCAAUAUGAGACCGAAAAAAUAAAAUUAGAGAAAUUUAUAGAUGAAUUAAAAUUACAAAUUAAAGAAUUAUCAGCUAAAGUGGAAAUAUUAAACUUGGAAAAACAAUCGUUGGAAAACAAGUUGAAAACUAACGACAAACUCAACAAAAAAUCUGAAACAAAAUUUUUGGAACUUGAGCACAGUCUGCAUGAAGUACAAUUAUCUCGAAGCGCUUGUCGGAAGCAGCUUCACAAGGCAAUGAAUUUCGCCAAGGAUCUGGUCAAUGAACAAGAGACGCUUCUGAAAGCACUCAAUCAGCGGCACAUGGAAAACAAAGCUGUGAAACGUUUCGGCACCGAUAUUGCUAGCCGGAUGGAUGUACUGCGCAAUCAAUUGAAGGCAGUUCAGAAAGACGCCUGGCAAGAAUUGUCGACAGUGGAAGAGCGCAUACAAGAACAGGAUUCGAUUAUUUUGUCGAUGAAAGAAGAACACGAACAGGAAAUCGAAAAACUUAAAAAUCUAAUUAAAGAAAAAAGUGCAGAGGCGUCAUGUAGGCGAGAUGGAAACAAAGAGCGGAGGCGCUUUUUCAUAAUGGCGCUGGUGUGGAACUGUGUUUUGGUAUGGUUUCAAUCGAACGUGUUGGCAAUGGUGCACCAUGAAUCAUUCCCAAUUGCCAGACGUGAUACCAAUCCCGGUUGUGAUUGCGGAAGAAUUCAACUAAGGCGCAUUGUGGGUGGAACGGAAACAGGGAUAAAUGAGUAUGUUUUCAUGGCAUCCCUGAUUGAUUUGGUAAAAAAAAUCCACUGGUGUGGCGCAUCUAUUAUUUCCACUCGCUAUGCUCUUACUGCCGCUCAUUGUAUAAUACUGCGAAAAAAUCCCUUAGGACUUUUGGUUGGUGACCAUAACCACAAAGAGCGUAAUGAAACCGAUUCAGCUAAACUGCAUUUAUUGGAAGAUUAUAUUGUGCAUACCAAUUAUGGUGAAUGGUUUUUAGGAAAUGACAUUGCAAUCGUAAAAACAACUACUCCUAUUGAGUUUAAUAUCAAUGUAGGUCCCAUUUGUCUGCCAGUUCGUUAUACCAAUGUGGAUUUUUCUGGAGCAGUGGUGACUGCUAUGGGAUGGGGACUCAACGAAGGCAGGAAUGGACCUUCUGACUUUCUGAGAGCGGUCAACCUUACUAUUGUUACCCGACAAAGAUGUCAGGAGUAUUAUACACAAAAACUUAACAGAAUCAUCGCCAUGUCACAAAUAUGCACCUUCGAAAUGGGCAAGGACUCUUGUAGGGGUGAUUCGGGCGGCCCGCUUGCAUGGUUCGACAAGUACCAAACCAACCGAUACCAACUCCUCGGCAUUAUUUCUUAUGGCUCUAGUUGCGCCACGGAUGCACCGGGUGUAAACGCAAGAGUUACUAGCUAUGUUUCUUGGAUUCUAAAUAAGACAGCAGACGCGUCCUAUUGCUUUAUAUAAACUGCUGUAGUUGCAUUAAAAUAUUGAGUGUAUAUUUGAAUCACAAAUAUAUCUUACUAGCUGA